GUCUGUGUUCUGUUUUUAUAAUUAUUUGUGUGUUGUGUGUUUAAUUCCUCAACCCAAUCAAAUCAAAGUCAAAACCGAGUCAAAACCUGGGGUACAAGUAAAAGUCCACAAGAAAAAGGAAAUGAAAGCGGAACGAUUCGUGCCCCCCUAAUUGCUACGGAGUAAAUCACUGACGAGUCAUAAUUGGGCAACUCUCUCUGACCUUCGAAGACUUGCAAGCGUGCAGAGUAUGGUUGCAUGUAUUUCCUCCAUAUUCUUCUUCUUCUUCCUCCUGCACUUGUUCCUUCUUCCCUUUUACCAGAUCUCGUGCGCAAAGACUGACACAAUAACCGCAACUCUGUCCCUGAGAGAUGGAGAUGGAGAGACCGCCAUUGUUUCCUCCAAUGGAACCUUCGAGCUCGGAUUCUUCAGUCCAGGCCAGUCCCGGAACCGAUACGUCGGGGUAUGGUACAAUAACGUGUCUCCUAGAACAGUUGUGUGGGUUGCCAAUCGCCAGAUCCCUCUCAACGCAACGUUUGGAGUCCUCAGAAUCGUCAAACCCGGAUCCCUAGUUCUUCUGGAUGGAGCAUCAAAUCGCACCGUUUGGUCGAUUAAUUCCUCCAGAUCUGCCCGAAAUCCCGUCGCGCAGCUUCUGGACUCCGGGAAUUUGGUGUUCAGGGAUGGCUAUGGAGAGACGGAUUUUCUAUGGCAGAGCUUUGAUUACCCGACGGAUACGUACUUGCCUGGGAUGAAUAUAGGGCGGAACUUGUUAACUGGGCACGACAUAUAUCUCACAUCUUGGAAGAGCAGCGAGGAUCCAGGGACAGGGGAUUAUACAUAUUCCAUGAGUUUGGAUGGGUAUCCACAGAAUUUCAUUAAGAAGGGUUCAGUUGUGGUGUAUAGAUCUGGCCCGUGGACUGGAUUACAGUUUAGCGGCUCACCCAACUCAAGAAAGAGUCCUUUCUAUGAAAUCGGGUUUGUUUUUAACCAGACAGAAGCGUACUUCACUAACCAGCUUCUGGAUUCGGUUCUAACACGGGCUACAUUGAACCGAAACGGAGUGCUGGAGCGCACGAUAUGGGUUCCUCGGACUCAGAGUUGGACUAUUUACCUCUCUGUACCCACAGACACAUGUGAUACAUAUAAGCUUUGUGGCGCGAACGGGCAAUGCAGCAUUCAGAGCUCUCCUUUGUGUGGAUGUCUUGACAGGUUUGUGCCAAAGAAGCCAAGUGAUUGGGUCAAGGGAGAUUGGUCCGGCGGUUGUGUAAGGAGGAUGCGUCUGAGUUGCAAUGGAGAUGGGUUUCUGAAGUACUCUGGCAUCAAAUUGCCAGACACGAAGAAUGUUUGGUUCAAUCAGACGAUGACACUCCAAGAGUGCAAUGCACGCUGCUUAAAGAAUUGCACUUGUAUGGCUUACUCAAACUUAGAGGUACGAAAUGGGUGCUUCAUGUGGUUUGGUGAUCUGCUAGACAUUAGAUUAGCUGCAAAAGAAGGGCAAGACAUAUAUAUCAGGCUUGCAGCUCCGGAGUUAGGUAAUAUAUUAUUUGCUUUAUCAACAGUCCAUGCUUCAAAACAUAAGCACAUAUGAUAAUUGUUGUCCAAAUUGAGACGAAGCUUGAUUCUUUCAUAUAACUUAACUGCCAAAGAUUAUGGAUGCUAAAAUCUUAAACAUCAGUUUCAAGAAUUUAGCUUUGAUCUGUGAUGGGUCAUGGGUAUAUCGAGGUAGCCACAGAGAUCUGUUCUUCCAAAUCCCAUCAUCAGCUCUCGUGUGAUGCCGUGAUCGCAUUCCACGUGCAGCACUGGUUGUAAGGACACUGGCAAGGCUAAUUCCAAGUGACCAGGCUAUUUAAUCUUGAUCUCUGUAAUUCCAUUGUUACCGGUAUAUUUCAAUGAAUC